CGGGUAAAUAUUCUGCCAGACAAUCAGAAUGAGCAAAACGAGAACAAGGAAGUGUACACGCAUAGCAUAAACCCGGCUCUGGAUUCUCGCUCUCUGCAUUUUUAUGAAGAUUAGCAUGAUACUCUUCUUCUGCAGACUUCAAGUCGAUGAAAAAACGAACAAGGCCGCAGCGUUUGUCGGCGACGAUUUUCCUCGACUGUUGCCCCUAGCACAGACUAGUCCAGUCCUGAUGGCCUUCGAGGAUUCAGCACAUUAUCAGAUAAACACUGAAGAUGGGAGGGCGGAGUGGGCCAGCCUAACGCCGGGUAACGGGCUCGUUUAUUUGGGGGAACAGCCUGAUCACCCAUUCUCGAUCUCGAUGUUCCACCAAUUGCGUUGCCUCGAUAUCCUACGAGAAAAUAUUGUUGGAGAAAGCAGCAAUGCAGCUCUGAGCCGUCACUGCCUCAACUACUUGCGCCAGAUGAUAAUGUGUCGAGGUGACGCUCAGCUGGAAAACAUAUUAUUAGCAAGCAAGGAAAAUUCAUCCCAACCAUUUUUCGUGCGACCAGGGACAUACGUGUGUAAUAACUGGAAUUUCGUACUGGAGGAAGUGAGGAAGAACCAGGCUGGAGCUAAGCUCAUGUGGUGAUACUACCUACGAGCAAAGUUACUUUAGUACCUUGCGUAAAGCUUCGGACUCAGCGUAGAAUCAAACUUCGGACGGGCCCCCCACCACGGGACGCACUUUUUUGACAGUGUCUCACGAAGGUGUUUGUUUUCGGGCCGAAAAAACCACACAUGCCAUUCUGCAACUCAUCGCGACUUGGUGGCAAAAGGUAGCGCAGUUCAGUUGAAUUGUGGUCGAUCUACAAUGAUUCCCUAGCAAGUUUGGAGGGGAGUUCACAAAUGCGACCUCUCCCGGCUUUCCGACAGCGCAAGUAAAAAUUGGACUGAGACCGAGUCUUUUUCUGGUGUAGUCAACACGCACCCAAAACGAAAGCCUCAGGUUCGGGAGGCGCUUGUUAUGGUC